AUCACCGAGGGAAAAGCCACGAUCCUCUUUCCCAAGGGCAACGAGGUCUUCUACAACCCCAUUCAGCAAUUCAACCGUGACUUGAGUAUCACGGCGAUCAAGGCAUGGAGUGAUGAGUGGAUUGAGAAGAAGAAGGAGAAGCACGAGAUUCAGAAAAGGAAUAAGGAGAAGAGGGCUGCGAAGGAGGCUGAGGCGAAGACUGAGGAUGCGGACAUGAAGGAGGCAGUAGAGGUUAAGGAGACGGAGGAGGCGGGAGAGUACAACCCUAAGUUCACGAUCUUGGAGGCUUUGUCUGCGUCUGGACUUCGUGCUCUUCGCUACGCGCACGAGAUCCCGAACGUCCACUCCGUUACCGCCAACGACUUUUCCGCGGAGGCAGUCGAGUCUAUUCGUCGUAACGCAGCACACAACAACCUUCUCGACAUCGUCAAGCCUACUGAGGGAGACGCACGCGCCGCCAUGUACUCCAACUCCAAGGCCUUCACCGUGAUCGAUUUGGACCCAUAUGGUACUGCUGCUCCUUUCAUUGAUGGUGCGGUGCAGAGUGUUCAGGAUGAUGGUUUGCUUUGUAUCACAUGUACGGACCUCGCUGUCCUCGCCGGUGGUGGAUACCCGGAGAAAUGUUACGCAAACUACGGCGGUAUGCCCAUUAAAGGAGUCUACACCCACGAAGCCGCCCUCCGUCUCGUUCUCAACACUGUCGCUAUCAGUGCUGCCCGAUACGGUCGCGCUAUCGAGCCUUUGUUGAGUUUGUCGAUUGAUUUCUAUAUCAGGAUGUUCAUUCGUGUACGGACGAGUCCGGUUAAUGUCAAGCAUUUGCCGAGUCAGACGAUGUUGACGUGGACUUGUUCCGGGUGUGGGUCGCAUACCUCGCAACCCCUCGGACGUUCUAGUCCGGGGAAGACCGAGAAAGCGCCGCUGAAGCACCAUGUUGCACAGGGUCCGAGUGUUGGGCCGAACUGUGAACACUGUGGGUUUAAGCAGCACCUCGGAGGACCGAUGUGGAGUGGACCCCUCCAUAACCCCGAGUUCGUGAAGAGGAUGAUUAAGAUUGCGGAGAAGAGUGAUGAGCGCGUUUAUCACACCAAGAAGAGGAUUAUUGGUAUGUGUACGGUUGCGUCUGAGGAGGUUGAGGCGCCGUUUUACAUGACGCCGCAGAUCUUGGCUAGUAAGGUGCAUUCCGAGACGAUUCCUUUGAAGAUGGCCAUCUCUGCGUUGUUGAAUGCUGGGUAUGAAGUUUCGAACUCGCAUGCUCUGGGUGGGUCCUUCAAGACGAAUGCCCCCUACUCGUUCUUGUGGGACAUGAUGCGUGCAUGGAUCAAGAAGCACCCGCUUAAGGGCGAACCCGGAGCGAACACCGUUGCGGCAGGGAUCUUGGCGAGACGGGAGCCUAACGUCGAAAUCGAUUUUUCGCCGAACACGCAGGCGAGGAUGGGAGGAAGGCGUGAUGGGUUGGUGAGGUAUCAGGAGAACCCCAGGGAGAAUUGGGGACCUAUGGCGAAGGCGGGUGCGGCGAAG